GGCCGGACGGGCGGAGAAGCGCUCUUGCCCCCGGCCGCCUGGACGCGCAGCUCCCGGAGAAGGCGCCGCCCGCCGGUCCGUCGCGGGGCGGGAGGUUGCGACGGGCAGCCCAAAAAAGCGGCGGCGGCGGCGGGUGGGCGAGUGAGAUGCUGCGCUACAGCUCGGGGCUGACGGUCACCGGCACGACGCCGAGGCAGCCCGAGGGCAGGAGGAAGGCAAACAUCUGUCGGCUGCGCUUAACUCUUCCCCCUGAAGAAGGCCAGCCUCCUCGGGAAGGAACAGAUGAGACUGAAAGGACCUGGAAGCAACCCUGCCAAGCGCCCUGUGGAUUGUCUGCCAGGGGCUCGAAGCACGGCAUGGUGUAUGGCGUGGUGCGCCGGUCUGAUGACAAUCAUAACAAAGAAAUGGUGGUUUAUGGAUGGUCAGCUCAGCAACUGAGAGAAGAAAUGAGAUAUAUAAGGGAUGUGAGGCUAACGUUGGAAAAAGUGAGGAAGAAAAUGUAUGGCGAAUAUGACGAAAUGAAACGUAAAAUCCAAGAGCUUACAAGUGAACUGGCGGUGUCACAUGCUGAGCAGGCAUCCAUGGAAGAUCACAUCCAGCUGCACGCUGCAGCUCUGGAUGGUUUUCGGGAAAUGAGCAGCUCGCUGACCUCGGCCUCCAUUGAGCUGCAGAAAACCUUAGUUGAUGUUACUUUGGAGAACACGGUUAUACGUGACCAGAUACGGAAUCUAAAAGAAACUCAUGAACAGUCUAUGGAAAAACUGAAGGAAAAGCAGAAGCAACUGGAAACUGCCAGAGUGGAAAAUGAAUUGCUCAGACUCAAGGUGGAAUGUUCACAAGAAGCAAAUGUGGAAGUAAUGAGAGAGAUGACCAGGAAAUUAUACAGCCAGUAUGAAGAAAGGCUUCAGGAAGAAGAACAGAAACAUAAACUUGAGAAAGAAACUCUCAUGUCGGAAACAAAUCGGGUACUUAUAGCCAUCGAAGAUGCAAAUAAAAAGAUGAAACUUACAGAGACAAGUUUGCAGGAAAAAGACCAACGAAUUGGAGAACUGGAUCGGCUCAUUCAGCGCAUGGAAGAUGAACGCCAUCAAUUGCAAAAACAAUUAAUAGAGUAUGAAAUGCAGCUACAUGGAGCAGAUGCUUACAGCCUGUCCAGCCAACCGAGGUCUCUCAAGUUGGAGGAAAUUACAGACAGUCUCCGAGAACGAAUCCGGCACCUGGACGAUAUGGUUCUGUGUCAGCAGAAAAAAGUCAAGCACAUGGUUGAGGAGAUAGAGCUACAAAAGAGAAAGAUGAAACAAAAGGAAGUCUUUAUAUUACAACUUUUAGAGAAAAUCUCUUUUCUCGAGGGAGAGAACAAAGAGCUGCAAGACCGUUUGGAUUACCUGAGGGAGACCCAGUCCAGGCCUGAGGUGGACACCAGAGACGUUGGGGUCGGAUGUGACCUCCCUGCAAGCCCCCAAAGUGGAAGCAGAGCACCCCCCAAAGUGCUGAAACCAGCUAGAACCUACAGCCCGUUCACCCGGGUCCUGGAAUAUUCGCUGAAGCACAGCCUCCUGGGCCCGGCACCCCCUGCGAGUGAGGCAGUGCCCAGCCCCCCUCCAGCUCAAGGGGCGGGUGGGGGCAAGCAGAGCGCUUGGGGCACCGGGGCACCCGGCGACGGGAAGGCGAGCCAAGUGCCCUGAUGCUUCUCCGAGGGAAGGCAGUGCCCCACUUGGAACGUGCUGCUGCAUCGGCAGUCCGAACUGUGAGAGGAAAUGGCUUCAUCGUCUGCGCUUCACCCGGGACAGCAGAGCUUUGCACUUCCCACGGCAAAACGGCCCUAGCGGAGUUACUUCUGUGGCGGCUUUGCGCCCAACCUGUACUGCCUGGCGCUGGGGACACGUGGCUCCGCUGUGCCGGCCCGGACUGUGAUGCUCCUCGGCCGUGAUGCAGGAAGAGAGGGAGGGCAGGGCUGCCAUGUGGGAAUGCCCGUGCCCCCCUCCAUGUGCGUGGGUAUAUGGGGGGGGGCAAAAGCGUGGCCUGUCCAGCUUCCUGAGCUGUGCAGAAAUCUCAGAGCUCCUGGCCCUUUUCUGCCGAGGAACCUUCCACAUCUGCCUUUCCACUGGAUCCAGGAAGCACCACAUCGGGUCUCACAUGCAACUACCCACAAGAUCUUACGUUUCUGUUUGUAAACCUCCAAUUCAGAAUUUUAAACAAUUGCAUUGUUUUGUAGAUUUCCUAAGCGUUUCUUCCUUAAGACCUUUUAAAGGAAUGCCCUGUGCAGACACAUGAACAGAGCUGUCGUUCUUUGUGGAGUUGUGCUAUUUAAGUGGUCAAUAAAGCUUUAGUGGUGGGAUA